AUGAGAGCUGGUAGAUGGAACCCAAGUGAGAAGAGGGUCAUUAUCGAGCAUGUUCCGAUUCCUCAACCUGGACCCAACCAAUUUCUGGUGAAGCUGGCGAGUGCGUCACUAUGUCACUCAGACAUCAUGGCAAUCGAUGCUGGCCAGACUGCAACACUAGGCCAUGAAGGGGCAGGGUAUAUUGAGAGCAUCCAUCCCAGCGCAGAAGGGAAAGGCUUUGAUAUAGGGGAUAAGAUCGGAUUCCUCUACAUCAUCGGGUGCUGCUUUAAAUGUGAAGGUUGCAUGAUACACAUUCUACACUGCGUAACCGGAAAGCAGCUUCUACAAGGGUUCACAACAGACGGGUUCUUUGCGGAAUAUGCUGUGGUGGACUACCAAAACUGCAUCAUACUGCCAGAAUCAAUCGAUGUCAAGAAAGCAGCUCCGAUCUUCUGUGCGGGCAUUACUGCUUUCCACGCUGUCGAUAGCUCUGAACUAGCUGCAUGCGAUUGGCUGGCCAUUGUCGGCGCUGGAGGGCUGGGUCAGAUUGCUACACAAAUCGCCAAAGCUAAGGGUGUGAAUGUCGUCGCAAUUGACAUCAAUGACGCCACUUUAGAGGUUUGUAAACAACAAGAGGCGGACCAAGUGUACAACUCGAGGACCAGCAAAAUCUACGUCGAAGAAUUGAAGCAGCUCACGAACGGUGGCUGCAAAACAGCUUGUGUCUUCAGUAAUGCACAGGCGGCCUAUGCUGGCGUUCCACCGAUACUUCGACUCGGAGGUGUCAUGAUGAUCGUAGGCUUGCCUCAUGAUAACAUUCCAAUUUCGACAAUGGAUCUUGCUCUGGGUCGUUACAAGGUCAAAAGUGAGAGUACGAGCAUUCCACAGCGGAUGAAGAACGCUGUGGACUUCCUUGGUGAGCACGGCAUACAACCCGAAGUGCAGAUUCGUAGGUUAGAGGAUCUCAACGACAUGGUCAACGAGAUGAGAGCUGGUACGGCUACCAAGAGAAUGUUGGUGACGUUCUGA